UUGUGUUUUUGUGAGUUGCUGUCGUAUGAUUGAUAUUCUGGGGCUAUGGGCCUUCAUGACGUUCUCAUUACUGUUGUUAUUAAUGUUUGCUCUGAAGAGUGCAGAAAUGCCGAUAUGCCAGCAUUAAGCCUUGUCCGUCUUUAAUGAAAGGGAUAGAUCAGCAUUUAGGGAGCAUGGACAUUUUGCUGCUGUCUUCGUUUUCAAUGGUUUAUUACAUGAGCUAACCUUGUACUGUAUGCAUGAACACAAGGCUCUGCCUGACACUGUUGUGGCAGUUCAUACGGUUAUAGAGACAUCAGUGGAUUAAAAACGCUCUGUGAUCAUUCUGAUGGUAGUGGUUUUGUCACCUGUGCUUGCUCUUUGUAGGAAUGGAGUUGAAAGUGAGGAUACUGUUAUCUUUAAAAUACAAAUGUUUGACAUUUAUGUGUUUGCAAAGUAGUACUCGGAAAUUAUGAACAGGGGCUCAUUUGUGGGACUGUGUUCCCGGUGCAGUGGUGCAGCUGUGCUUCAGUGGUUUCCCUACAGUGUCCACAAGGUGCAGCACCUUGAUGUGCAGCAUAAAGAAGAUUGAGUCCAGUGGCUAACUCCAUCUAAAUCUCUCUCUGGUAAAAAUGCAUUUCUGGCCUGUUCCCAUUCCAGUCCUAAGACCAGUAUUUUGCAUCUCAUUGAUUUAUCCUCCCCUGCUCCCUCUCUCAGCUCCUGCUUAAACUCUCUCCAAUAAGAUGUGCACACUCACCAGUUAUGAACUCUACCUCUAUUAGUAUUUUUUACUGCCUCACACUCACCAGUUAUAAACUCUACCUCUAUUUGUAUUUUUUACUGCCUCACACUCACCAGUUAUGAACUCUACCUCUAUUAGUAUUUUUUACUGCCUCACACUCAUCAGUUAUGAACUCUACCUCUAUUAGUAUUUUUUACUGCCUCACACUCACCAGUUAUGAACUCUACCUCUAUUCGUAUUUUUUACUGCCUCACACUCAUGCACACCACAACUGAUAUUAUGAAAGCAUUGGUGGAUUGUUAAUGAAUGUUGCUAAAACUUUACAGAGACUUUGUUUUGGGAUAGGAAAAAAUAAUUAGGGCACUAUGUCUACCUCCACUAUUCCUAUUGUUUAAAGUCCCUUAAUAAACUCAAUUGAAAUAUCAGUUUGUUGAAUUAGAACCACAAUGUGAGGUUUCUUUUUGAAUCCAGUGUUAUGUUGGCUGUGUGAAUGGGGAGAUAGACACAGGCAGCGCCACACUGGGCAGGGCAGACUCCUUCACUCUAUGUGCUGCUGGUCAUAUUCCAGCCAUCAGUGGAUGUGGAUCAAUGCCUGGUUUACAGCUUUACAUCAUCCUUGAAAUGCCUGGGAAAACAAGGAAACGCUCAGACCGUCAAUUGGAAACUAUUAGUAAAAAAACAACACAUAAUCUCUCCGGUCUCGCUGCCCUACUCCCCUCUCUCAUCUUCCUCACUCGCUCCAACUGGAGAAUGCACUAGAGGGAUAAUUCCUUUCUUGAUGGACCUGUAGGACAGACUUACCCAAAAAGGGAGACACAGGGGGUUCAGCCCUUAACUGGUGCAGAGUGUGUACUAAGGAAGAUACUUCACAGAGGAUGGAGAUAUUUGGGAGAUGAGGAAUCAAGUGGUAUAUGUUUGUUUUCAACUCAAUACCAUGCACUGGACUUGGAUUUAGAGGGACUUUUUGAAGACAAGAAGAUAUUAUCAUCAAACUCACCUUUUUGCUUUUGCUGGAUAUCAAGGGGUUAAAUGAAGGGCACCUGGAACAGAGUGACUAUUAAUGGAUCUCUACCUUCACUGGAUCUUUACCGUCUUCAUCACGAGGAGCAUCGUCACCUGAGAGUUCACUUCCUUUAACACUGUGUGUGGGUGGGAAAAUGGGGGGAGUAAAGUGUGACCAAUAGAUUUCAGGGUUCGCAGCUAUUUUUCAGACAUCUUGUUCAAUUGUUUGUUUUGAUGUUUUCUUAGACACACACAUCCAGCAGCAAACAUUUGUUAAGUUGUGGAAAACGCAUCCAAUAUGUUCAGAGCUGGCCAAUAGUAAGCUGAUAAAGGUUCUUAUUCAAACAAGUCAGCCAUGGUGCUGGAAGGCAUGGAACUGAUUGCGAUUACUGUAGUCAUUGGCCUGUUUUUUGUAGUGUUCAAGCAGUUUGGUGUCUGGGAGCCCUUGACAUUAGAUGAGAGUAGCGACUGUGAAUUGGAGCUUUCUACUGUUCGUCACCAGCCUGAAGGCUUGGAACAGCUCCAGGUCCAGACCCAGUUCACCAAGAAGGAGUUGCAGUCACUCUACAGAGGCUUUAAAAACGAGUGUCCCAGCGGGCUGGUGGAUGAGGAGACUUUCAAGAACAUCUACUCACAGUUCUUCCCCCAGGGAGAUGCCACCACAUAUGCACAUUUCCUGUUCAACGCAUUUGACAUGGACAGAAAUGGCUCUAUCCGUUUCGAGGACUUUGUGAUUGGACUAUCUGUACUGCUCAGAGGUUCAGAAACAGAGAAACUCCGGUGGGCCUUCAAUCUGUAUGAUAUCAACAAGGAUGGCUACAUCACCAAGGAGGAGAUGUUGGCCAUAAUGACGUCCAUCUAUGACAUGAUGGGCAGGUAUACCUCUCCCAGUGUACGAGAUGUUGAUCCAUCUGAGCAUGUGGACAAGUUCUUUCAGAAAAUGGAUCGGAACAGAGACGGGGUGGUGACCAUUGAUGAGUUCAUAGAGACUUGUCAGAAGGAUGAAAAUAUCAUGGCCUCCAUGCAGCUCUUUGAGAACGUCAUCUAGGUCUAGGAACGGACGGAGAACAUGGAUAGAAGUAUAAGUCCUGAUGACCUUUUAUUGCUUCCGAUACCAGACCCUACAAGCCCCUCUACACUUUAACCCCUCACCGUUUGAUAAUAGAAAAAUAUUCACACACAUCGAGAUGAGGACAGUAAACAUUUGGCAGGGGGCAUAGGGAAAGGACCUUUUAAACCUUUGAUUCCACUAUCUACUGUAUAUGGGAAAAUAAUCCCUUCAAAGGUUCUAUUGACAGUAGAGGUCGACCGAUUAUGAUUUUUCAACGCCGAUACCAAUGCCGAUUAUUGGAGGACCAAAAAAGCCGAUACCGAUUAAUCUGACGAUUUUUGAAAACUUAUUUGUAAUAAUGAC